AUGAUUUCACACCCAAACCACACCCGCCUGUCCGGCUCUAUCUCCACAACCAUCUGCAUCACCUCCUCUUUCCUCACCUCCUCCUUCCUCACCUUCCCCAGCCUCACCCUCUACUCCAGCCCCAACCUAACGACCUGGACACUAUCCAGCAACGUGUUCAAUCGCCCCAGCCAGGUUUCCGAGUUCGCGACGCUAGAUACGAAUGCCGAUGAGGGGUUCUGGGCGGCUACAGUACGGUAUCAUGAUGGUUUACUCUACGUGGUCGUCACGUAUAUCGACUACGACCCGAAACUAAAAGCCACCUACUAUCUCUUCACUACUCUAGAUCCCUACGACGACACAGCAUGGAGCGCCAGUCUGCAGAUCUCCAACCCCCCAAAAACAAUCGACCCCGACCUCUUCUGGGACGACGACGACGGGACCCUCUACAUAGCCUCCGAAUGGGGCGCCAUGUACCCCUCCACCCUCACCCUCACCACCAGCACCUCCUCCAGUCCCGCCGCGCGAAUCUGGAACGGCACCAGCAACUCCAACCCAGAAGAUCCACACAUCUACAAGAAAGCCAGCUACCACCACCUCCUCAUCGCCGAAGGCAGCUCAGGUUUAAAUCACUCCGCUACCAUCGCGCGCUCUCCCUCCUCCAUUUGGGGGCCGUAUGAGAGUUAUCCCGGGAAUCCGAUUUUGACGAAUAGAGGGACGGGGGGAGUACUUUCAGACCGUUGGACAUGCGGAUUUCUUUCAGGAUGGGGGUGGGGGGAUUGGUGGGGUGCGGCGUUGGCGACGAGGUCGGGUUCGGGGUUUGAGGUGAGUCUGAUGGGGAGGGAGACGGUGAUGUUCCCCGUGUCGUGGCUGGAGGGGGGGUGGCCUGUUGCGGAUCCGGUAAGGGGGGAGAUGAGCUGGUGGAAUUUACCCCUUUCUGCUUCUCCCCCCCGGCAUGACGAGAUACUAGUCGAUGGAGCAGACAUCGUCAAUUCCACCCCGGCGAGACAAUACCUCGAAACUAGGUCCACCACCGCAUCCCCCUCCCAUCAUCCUACACCAUCUCCCCCCCCCGGCCAGCCAAAGACCCUCCAACGCGUCCCCUCAUCCGCGAAUCUAACUGCCAACUCCGCAGUCAGAGCAUCAGAUGGCCUAACCUUCAUCGCGCGACGGCAGACAGCUACGCUAUUCAAAUUCAGCGUUGACUUCGACUUUUCGCCGAGGAGGGAGGGGGAGGAGGCAGGGGAUCACGGUGUUUAUUACCCAGGAACAGCAUGUUGAUCUUGCUAUCGUUUCUAGGCAGCCCGUUGGCGCGGAUGGGGUGGUGACGAUGGCAGGGAGAUAAUUGAGGUUUAGAGCUACGACGUUUGGGAAG